CGCAGCACACACAACUUUCUACGUGAAACGAUAAAAUCAACGUGAUUCUGAUCAAACAACAGUGUAAAGCAACGCAUCGUAGAAGAAGCAUUACCAAGCGAACCGUUCUGUGCAAAAUAUUUUGUAAGUGGUGAACAUCAAAAGAAUAUUGAGAAAACUAAAAGUUUCCUAGUGCUUGCAUCAUGAUGUCGAAUAAUCUACAACGUAAGAGACAUAUGGUGAAGAGAAUUAUAGUGGAUGAUAUAGAAGCUUCGAGAGGAAUGAGAAGAAAUCAAUUCAACAACACUCAUAUAAAAUUGUAUAAUAGAAGUAAUCCAAUAGCAAACACUAAAAAAGAGGUUACUCAUCAGCUUUUGAACGAAUAUUUGGAAAAUAGUUCGAUUAAUGGCAUCAAAUACUUCAGUAAUUUACUAAAACCCAGCAUUAUCGAAAAAAUCUUCUGGACUGUAAUCAUGAUCUGCAGUUUUGUAUUCUUAACUAUGCUGCUGCAGAAAUUCUGGCAACGUUACAGCAAUAAUCCAACCCGGACCAUCAUUAAAUCAUUUUACGUUCCAGUAUUUGAUGCCCCCUUUCCAGCUAUUACUAUUUGUCCCUUACUACCACCGAUGGCUAAAAGGCGCAGAAAAGUAUUCGAAAGUUUGACCUUACCACCUAAUAUGACUGAGACUAGAGGGAGAUUCCUAGUGAGAUAUGGGCCUGCAUUCUCGAAUGUGGACAUUCCUGGUGGUAGGGAUUACUCGAAAGACUUGAAAUUAUUGUUAAAGACAAACAAUAUGACGCUACUAAACCUAGUACAAGCUUUGCGACCUUGCGAAGACCUAUUCGAAACCUGUAUGUGGGAUGGCACUGAAAGAAAUUGUAGCGAACUGUUCAAAGUAUCUUACACUUUUAAAGGUAUAUGUUGCUCUUUCAAUUAUCUUCUCGAAGAAUGCAUAGCAAUUGGCAGAGACAAAAAGCACGAUGAUCUUCUCAAAACUCCUUUGUUCGGACCACAUACCGGUCUUCGUGUCAUUCUACACCGAGAAUUUUUAAUCGAAGAUGAUGAUAACGCGGUCGAAGAAGAUAAAUAUAUUAAAUAUUCAACAAAUUCCGUCGGCCUUCUGUUGUUCCCUCAUCAUCCUCUGGAAUAUGUCACCACCAUAGCUCCUAGACACAUUUUGCAAGCAAAACAAGAAUUACAGAUUGCUGUAAUUCCACAUCGCAAGCAAAAGCUCAAAGGGUAUUAUGAAGAAAAUGAUCAAGGUAAAUUGGUUCCGGUUUGCGCAGAUGAUGAUCACAUUAAAUUAAAAUACUUUCCUUCGUAUCGAUAUCCCAACUGCUUUACUAGCUGCUCUAUCCGGGCUGUUCUCAAUGCCUGUGGUUGCGUGCCACUCUAUUACACGCCUAUGGCUAAAAAAUAUUCUUUAAAGCUUUGUGACUGGGAAGAUUUUUCAUGUCUUUAUGAGAACGCAAACAACAUACGGAUUAUUGAAAAUGUAGUUAGAGAAAAUUUAACAUGUGAAUGUUUAGUUCCAUGUCGAAGUAUAUCAUACGAUUUACAAAGUCUCACUCUUCCGUUAAAUGGUGAUCACGAUUUCAAUCCCAAGUUAUAUCACAAUCUUUCGAAAGCUCAGUCAGUUCUAAAAGUAUUUAUGAAAUCCGCUACAUUUAUAGAAAUGGAUACAAUCCCGGCUGCUGAUGAAUUAUAUUUGCUAUCAUCGCUGGGCGGAAUAUUUAAUCUUUUCUUGGGAUGCAGUUUCAUAAGCGUCUUGGAGAUUUUUUACUACAUAGGAUUAGCUCUCCACGCUAAGUUCAAGAAAUCAAAAUAAUCACCGUCUGACAACAAUUUCACAAAUGAGGUACGGUAAACAACGUAAUUAAGUUUAUAAAUUAAACAAUUAGAUAUUUAGAUCGCAUCCACAUCGGAAAGACGAUUGAAUGAGGGACGAUUUGGCAUUGCUACACCACAGCAUGCAAAACAUCUCUCGGGACACGCCGGGUGUGUGCGGAUGCCGCAUCGCGCAACUACGAAUCUGGAGCGAUUAGAUCUAUUUUGAGCGAUUACUGGAGCGCUGCCGUAACAUUUAAGACCGCGCCCGUGAAAAUAUUUACUACGCCGAGUGUCCUACGGUACCGUGCGAUGAACUUUGGAACUAAAUUGUAUAUAACAAAUAAUUUAUAUCAAUUAUAGAUGUAAAGAAGAGGAGCCAGAAAUUGCAAUAUUACAUCUAUAAUUAAUAUUUGAUAUUAUCAUUCGAUCAGUUAUAUAAUGCGACAAGUCAAUUCUCGUACUCGGGCAUCUCUCAUUUAACUUGUACGUUUCGUCAUCCACACCUGCACGCACCUGUCCGUUAAUGUGCUACUAAUAAUAUAGAGAACACAUUUGAAAUAACAGGGUGCAAAUAUAACGGAAUACAUUCCGAUACGGUCAAGUAGAGAUGGCAGAUUUGUAGAAAUGAAAAAAGCUCACGAAAACACGUGAUCUGUUAGAGUAAACUUGAUAUUUGAUUUGGCGAAUGUACGAGACGUAUAAAUUGUCGAACGAAGAAGGCGAAAAAAACGGACACUCGGUGCAAAAGAAAGUAGAUAUUUAUAUCGUAAAAGUGAGUAUUUGAAAAGUGCUCGAAUACAACGAGCGAGUAAUUCGAUACGCGAGUCGUACCCGAGAUAUCGGGAUAACUCCGCUUUACGUAACGUUUGAAAGCUUUUCGUUAACACAGCCCUCUAAUUGCGACCCAGCAUUGAAAUGUGUACUAAUCAUGUCGUCUAUUUUCGCGUGCGCUGUCGAAAAUACCGAUUUAGUUCUACGCGGACGUACGGUCGAACUUCGAGAGCUGGAAGCGCCGACUAUUUUUGGAGAAACGCCCACACAUCCGCGGGCGGUGUCGUCCACACAUCUCUAAGAAGUUCUCUCUCUAUUUUGCACCUCGUAACAAAAUCCGCAUUUUUCGCAAUUACGUCCUCCUUUUGUAAUCCGCCGUCCGUUUUGCGCACCCCUCGCUGACGGUAAAUAACGAGUUAUUUCCGGAUCGAUAGCAAGUAACAGCAAAAUAAAUUCUAGUCCGCAUUCCAAACAAAGAGAUUUUAUUUUAUCGUUUGCAGUAUGUUGAAAGUAUAUAUUACAAAACAAAUUUUUCGAAACUUUUCAUAGUACAUUUUUAAUAUUGCAAUUGAAGGUAAACGAGAAGCAUCCGAACAUACACGAACGCAGGUGAAACAAACUGAUAUAUUUAUAUAACUUCAAACGAGAGCACAAUUCAAUGACGAUGCGAAUUGUAGCUGUAAACGCUCGUGAAAUAAUAAAUAUUAUUUUAAAUUCAAAAAAUGUAUUUAUAACUAAUUAUCUAAGGAGAUAUAAUUAGUGUAAUAUUAAGAUAGCCGAUUUCCACGACGAGGUGGCAAGAAAUUGAAGUGAGAGACACGAUAGUGAAACAAAGUUUGAAAAUUUUUCCUGUUGCCCGAUAAAUAUAUUUUUGUACAGUUCCCAUCGCGGAAAUCGGUCACUAACAGUCAAAGAUGAUUAUCGUGGAUAAACAUGUCUCCAGGCGCCUAGAUUGUAAAUGAAAAUGUAAUAAAUGAGAACUGGCGAGCUCCGAACGAGAGGUUGUCCGUGACGAUCUUGGAUUCUCUGAAUGCAUCCGCCUUUCGACACGUGUUUUCUCCUUUGUUCAACCCUAAAAUAUAAUGUUUCAUGUUCAAAAUAUUAUUAAAUGCGUGUUGAAUUCACGUUGAUCACUUAUUAUUAAUAAACAAUUUGUCACUGAUAAAACUAA